UUCUACUGUUAAUUCUAAUAUGGGCUGUGCCACUAAAAAUAUUUGCAGUCAAGGAGCUCAAUUGCCUAUUUUCACACCUGAAAGGAGUUUCUCCCAACUCUCCUGUACUGAAAUAAGCAGCAAGCAUAAUUUUAAAACAGGGCAUUUUAUUUGGUGUUUCACUUGUCAUAAUUACAACAUCAACAAGUGCAACGACCAGCAGUAUCUAUGCCAGCCUGAUGAGGACGUCUGUUUGUUUGAAAGAACAAGAAGUUUAUAUGAUGGUAGAGAUGAUACAGAAAUUACCAAACGAUGUGGAAAAUCCAGUGAAUGCAGGAGAUCUGGGAUAAUACGAAGCUCAAAUAAGACCAUUACGAUGAAUACCACCUGUUGUGAUAAGAAUUUAUGCUAUGCUGCCUUACCAACCUUGCCACCCAUUAGUAGUCAGGACAAUGGACUUAUCUGCCCAUCCUGCUUCAUUCCAAACUCGGAUCGUUGUCUAGGGCGAAACAGUCUAAAAUGCACAGGGAAUGAAAACCACUGUAUUCACUACAUGAGAACCGAUACACAAGAUGUUUACUCAGUGACAGAGAACUUACAUGGUUGUGCCACCAAUGACAUCUGUGAAGUUGGAUCCAGCAUUGUACAUUCAAAUUCUGAUAAGAACAAACAUAUAAAAACUAUUAUCGUGUGCAAUGGUUCUUCCUUAAACUGGAAAGCAGCCUGCAGUUCAAUGGAUGUCAUCAUUCCCAUCAUUAUUAUCCUGCAAAUGUACGUAGUUUUGUAACAUGGCAGGGGUAUAUAUACCAUAGGUUCAACUUCUAACUGCUGUAUGGGGAUAGUAAUGUAGUGGUAAAAUAGUGCUACAAAGUGUGGCACAUAUAUGGAAAUUGUACUAUUAAAGCAUGUUCACAGCAA